GCGUUCUGGUUUCUUCCUCUGUGACCUGCUCAGCUACCUCAAAACUGUCGCCAGGUAACCUGGGGCUGCCCUCGGAUCUCGUUGGCUGAAGCACCUUUUCCCACCUGGGCAGGUGGCCUCGGCGGCCUGCAGAGGAAUGGACAGCCGGGACGAAACGCGGACGCUUCGCCCAACCUCCUGCUGAAGACUCGGAGCUUUAUUCAUGUGGCAGCUUGGUAUAGUAAAAUGAAAUGCAAGGAACCAAAAGUAAGACAAUUAAAGGUGGUAAAUAGAAAUAAAAUAAGAUCAUCAGCCAAGAAAGACCUGUUGGAGGAAGCAGAGAAUGGAAAAUAAAGGGAAGCAAUAUUUAUCAUAUGUAUUUCAGCAUGCCUUCUGAAACUUAACUAAAAAUAUGACUGCACUUUCUUCAGAGAACUCCUAUCAAUACCAGUUACAUCAAACAAAUCAGCCCCUAGAUGGUAACUGUCUGCUCUUCUUGAUUAUACUUGGGAAAACAUUAUUAAGUAUCUUCACACUAGGAAUGAAAAGAAAAAACACCUAUCAAAAUUUCAUGGAAUAUUUUUGCAUUUCAUUAGCAUUCAUUGAUCUUUUACUUUUGGCAAGCAUUUCCAUUAUAUCUUAUUUCCGGGAUUUUGUACUUUUAGGCAUGAGGUUUACUAAAUACCACAUCUGCCUGUUUACUCAAAUUAUUUCUUGUACUUACGGCUUUUUGCAUUAUCCAGUCUUCUCCAUAGCGUGUGUAGAUUAUUGCCUGAACUUCUGUAAAGCCACUAAGCUUCAAUUUAAGUGUCAAAAGUUAUUUUAUAUCUUUAUAGUCAUUUUAAUUUGGAUGUCAACCCUUGCUUAUGUUUUGGGGGAUCCAGCUAUGUACCCACACCUGGAGGCACAGCAUGGUUAUUCUUACCAAUGUCCUUUCUAUAGCAGCGAGCAGGGUUACUGGCUUUCUUGUGCCAUGGUGAUGGUGUUAUGUGUGGCUUUUCUAAUCUCUUGUUCAGAAGUUAUCACCUUGGUACAGGGUAUGAGGAUAACUUCUUAUAUGAAUGAGACUAUCCUUUAUUUCCCCUUUUCAUCCCAGGCUAGUUAUACUGUCAACACUAAGAAAACACUCUUGCCCAAGUUCAUUAUCUGUUUUCUUGGUACCUGGUUACCAUUUGUAUUCCUUCAAGUAAUUAUCCUUUUACUUAAAGUACAGAUUCCAGCAUAUAUUGAGAUGAAUGUCCCAUGGUUGUAUUUUGUUAAUAGUUUUCUUAUUGCUACCAUUUACUGGUUUAAUUGUCACAAGCUUAAUUUAAGAGACAGUGUGUUAACUGUGGAUCCAUUUGUCAACUGGAAAUGCUGUUUCGUUCCAUUUACAAUUCGUAAUCUUGAGCACAUCGAAAAGCCUAUAUCAAUAACAAUUUGUUAAUAUUGUUGCCAUGUUAAAACUAAUUAAAACUUAAAAACUACUGUAAGAAUCAUAAUUUUACAUACGGGAAAGAAUAAUGACUCGACAAUUUUCUUGUUUCCGCCCACCUCCAUUCUUAUACCUUUCCAGACUGUCUUUUAGGUUAUGAUAUCAUUUAUUCAUUUAUUUUUAAACAAAAUAAUUCCAGGAAAAACUUUAUACCUGUUCAGGACACUAUAUGUUACAAAUACC